AUGAUCAAUUGGAAUGAAUCUGAAAUAUUAGUUGAUAGAAAAUCAAAAUUUCAAGCUAGAUGUUGUCCAAUAAAAAAUCAAAAUGAAAUAGAACCGAUUCUAUCUAACCUUCUCGCUCUCAAUAAGUCAGUAGCUAAAGCAAGCCAUCCUUAUAUGUAUGCUUGGAGGACUGCAGAUAUAGUCACUCAAAAUGAUUCGAAGAAUUCAAAUAGCAACAAUAAAAGUAAUAAAAGCAAUAAAAGUAAUUCUAAAAAAACAAAAGAUCUUAUUUUGCCAACUACUUAUAAGAAUGUCCAACAAGGUUGUACUGAUGGGGGUGAAUCUGGUGCAGGCCAACGACUGUUGACACUACUGGAGAGAUCGAAUGUUAUAAAUGCGUUUGUUAUAGUUACUCGAUGGUAUGGUGGUACUCCAUUAGGUUCUGCAAGGUUCAGGCAUAUUUCAACAACGGCAGUUGAAAGUUUAAAAAAGGCAAAAUUCUUAUUGUGA